AUGAGUCUUGCUCCUGAAGAAGCACGGAGACGUAUGGAAGAACAAUUCCGCGCUAAUGCUGAGCGACCUCUUUUCACUGGAAAUGCACUCCCGCCACCUGAAGUUCUACCACAUGUCUACAGCUCGUCAGGCAUGGCUCAAGGCAAUAUUCUCUCGCAUCUUGGUAGCAAAUAUAUGCUGCCUAUGGGUACCACUCGGCAUGCCGAAGAAUAUUACGACGAAGUGGUCAUUCCUCCCGCCAAAGCUGUUCCUCCACGGGUGACGGAGAGGCUGGUUUUUGUGAACGAGCUAGAUCCGUUGCCCAGAGGAUGUUUCCCGGGUUACACUUCGUUGAACAGGAUACAGUCGAUCGUAUAUCCUACCGCAUAUCGCUCUAACGAGAAUAUGCUUGUUUGUGGUAACAUCAUGCAGGGUAAAACUGACGUGGCGAUGCUUGCCAUCCUGCGUAUUCUGGACCAGCAUCGCAAGGAAUCUUCGACAUUACCUAUCGCACAGACCAUCAACAAAGACGACUUCAAGAUCAUCUACGUUGCACCCAUGAAAGCUCUUGCAUCCGAAAUCGUCCGCAAGAUGGGCAAGCGUCUGCAAUGGCUGGGCAUCAAGGUCAGAGAACUGACAGGAGACAUGCAACUCACCAAGGCGGAGAUCGCAGAGACGCAAUUGAUUGUCACGACACCUGAGAAAUGGGAUGUAGUCACUAGGAAGCCUACAGGAGAAGGGGAGAUUGCAUCGAAAGUCAAGCUGCUGAUUAUUGAUGAAGUUCAUCUGCUGAAUGAAGAGCGUGGUGCUGUUAUCGAGACAAUCGUUGCAAGGACUCUGAGACAGGUCGAGUCCAGCCAAUCGGUCAUCCGCAUCGUUGGUCUUAGUGCCACUCUUCCAAAUUAUAUCGAUGUGGCCGAUUUUCUCAGUGUCUCUCGCCAAACCGGGCUCUUCUAUUUCGACUCUUCCUUCCGCCCAGUCCCACUCGAACAACACUUCAUCGGCGUAAAAGGCAAACCAAACUCCCCCCUAUCCCGGAAAAACCUCGACCGCGUCACGUUCGAAAAGGUUGCGGAGCUAGUAAAACAAGGCCACCAGGUCAUGGUCUUCGUUCACGCACGUAAAGAGACCGUGAAGACCGCUUUAGCCCUCAAAGAGGCGGCCUUUAUGGAGGGAGCCCUGGAAGAUUUUAGUUGCGAGGAACAUCCUCAGUUUAUGUUCUUCAGGAGAGAUAUCGCAAUGUCGAGGAAUAAGGAGAUGAAGCAGUUGUUUGAUAAUGGGUUUGGGAUCCAUCAUGCGGGGAUGUUGAGGUCGGAUAGGAAUAUGAUGGAGAGGAUGUUCGAGGCGAGGGCUAUCAAGGUGCUUUGCUGUACUGCAACCCUCGCGUGGGGUGUCAACUUGCCUGCACAUGCUGUCGUCAUCAAGGGAACCCAAGUAUACGACAGUUCGAAGGGUGCCUUCACCGACUUGUCCGUGCUGGAUGUUCUCCAGGUUUUCGGUCGAGCCGGUCGUCCAGGUCUCGAAACAAGUGGAGAGGGAUACAUCUGUACGACAGACGACAAGCUGACGCAUUAUCUUGACGCGGUGACCUCCCAGAACCCGAUUGAGUCUCAGUUCACGCGUGGUAUCAUCGAUUCUAUGAACGCCGAAAUCGCACUUGGGACCGUGGCAAAUGUGAACGAAGGCGUGAAAUGGCUGGGAUACACAUAUCUGUUCGUCCGAAUGCGGAAAAAUCCCUUCCAAUACGGUAUGGCCAGAGAUGAAGUAGUGAACGACCCUUACCUCGGAUCUAAGCGCAACAGCCUCGUAAAGGACGCCGCUAAACAACUAAUGAAAGCACGCAUGAUCAACUACGACGAGAUAACUGGAGCUUUCACCAUCACCGACUUGGGAAGGAUCGCGGCUAAGUAUUAUAUUCGGCAUGCGUCGAUUGAGAUUUUCAACGAGAGGUUCCGGCCUAAGAUGAGUGAGGCCGAUGUACUGGGUAUGUUGAGCAUGAGUACAGAGUUUGACCAGAUCCAGGUCAGAGACACAGAGCUGAAGGAGCUGGAGGCGAUGACGCAUGACAUUCCCUGUGACAUCGAGAGGGGACCCGAUAUAGACAGUCACGGAAAGGUCAACAUCCUCCUCCAAGGCUAUAUCUCCAGGAUCUACGUCGAGGACUUUGCUCUCGUCUCCGACUCUGCAUAUGUGGCCCAGAAUGCCGGACGUAUCGUUCGCGCUCUCCUUGAGAUCGCCAUCAGUCGGAAGUGGGCCAAUGCCAGUACGGUCCUCAUGGGCAUGAGCAAGGCCAUCGAGAAACGACUGUGGCCGUUCGAUCAGCCUCUCAAGCAGUUUCAGCUCAAACCCGAUAUCUUCUACGGCCUGGAGCGAUGGGCGGAUCACUACUCUGUGGCUGAGCUCGCUGCGAUGACUGCCGAGGAAUUGGGCAAGCUCGUACAUCUCAACGCAAUACAGGGACAAGCAAUGCUCGAUGCUGCAAAGCAGUUCCCGACCGUAGAAAUCACGUACAAUCUACGACCACUAGGGCCCGACGUCCUCAAGAUCGCCGUCCGAGUCACUCGUGCGUUUAAUUGGAGCACGAAGUUACAUGGAUCCGUCGAGCCAUUCUGGCUUUGGGUCGAAGACGAAGAGGGUGCCACGAUACUGCAACUCUCACAUCUACUGUUCCGGUCGGCCACGGAGUAUUUGGAUUUGGCGUUCGUGAUCGCUAUUCCGAACGGCAAGCCUCCUCCUUCGGUCACCAUCCGAUUUGUCUCAGAUCGGUGGAUGGGUGCGGAGGACGAGAUUCUAGUACCACUCGACGCACUAAAGAUGCCGGUUUACUCGAACAGUCAUACGCCACGACUAGACAUCCCUUUCCUCAACCUCUCCGUCCUCAGCCCCGUCUUGGCUCCCCUGCUAUCGUCUCGCUUGCGCAGUUUCAACGCCAUAGAGACGCAGACGUUCUGGUCGUUGGUCAAUACCCGCGUGCAUGCCCUGUUGUGCUCACCGACAGGCUCAGGUAAAACUACCCUGGCACAAAUCACUAUCUGGGAGACGUUAGCUCGUUCACCAAAUAACGUCUAUGUCUUGGUGGUCGUACCCCGAGGCAGCCUCGUAUCAGAGUGGAUAUCCGAGAUGCGAGAAGUCACCAGAGCUAUGGGAUUUUCGAUCAACUUCGUCACUGGUUCAAACGUACUUUCCCCUCCAAAGGGAAAGACCAUUCGCGUUACAACGCCGCCACACCUCUUAUCCGGUCUCAGCCAUAUAGGAGCCACGACCCCACUGUCUGGGCUACGUCUAGUGGUCUGCGAUAACCUUGAACAACUCGAUCCUGCCUAUGAGCUCGCUGUCUCCCUCCUAAUCCACGCCACCCAAACCUCGCCCACCCGCUUCAUCGGCAUCUCCAACUCUCUAAACGACUCCGCAGACCUAGCAGCAUGGCUGCACGUCGACCCGUACGCCCUGCAUAGUUUCCGACCACGAGACCGGGACCAGUCUCUAAGCGUCCACACACAAACAUUCACCAUCCCACAGUCCGCCGCUCUCUUCAAAGCAAUGGCCAAACCCGCCCAUGCCGCGAUCCAAUCCAUUCCUGGUGGUUCAGCCAUAGUGUUCGUACCUUCGAAGGGACAGUGUCGCAUGGUAGCCCUGGAUAUCAUCACGCGAUGUACGCUCGAUACGGAGGCAGAGGGCGGGUACCUCCCUCUUGACGUUUCUCAGGAAUACCUCGAGUCAAUCACGGCCAGGCUGCAGGAUCGUUCGCUGGGAGACUUCGUGGCAAAAGGCGUAGGCAUCUUCCAUGAAGGAAUCUCCAGACCCGAUCGGACGUUGAUAUUGGAGUUAUACGUGGAGGGUAUUGUCCGUGUCCUUCUCGUCCCGAGAGAGGCGUGUUGGACGUUGCCAGUACGUGCGAGGGUUGUGGUGGUUAUGGGAACUCAAUAUUAUCACCUCGAGCGCGAUGGGACGGAUCGGCAAUUGAGAGAUUAUGAUCUUCAGGAGCUCGUGAGGAUGCAGGGACGAGCAGUGAGUCAUGGGGAGACGGGACGGUUCUUCUUAUUCUGUCAGGCGGAGGAUAAGGACACGUAUAAUCGAUUCUUGGAGGAUGGGUUGCCGUUGGAGUCGAGGCUCAGUACCAGCGGCGGUGAACAAGUUGGCGAGGGCGACAAGACAGACGAGCUGAAGAGGUGGUACAGGCAGCAGAGAGGUAAUGGGGCGAUUCGGAAUAAGUUGGACGCCGUCCAGGCGCUGUCCUUCACUUUCCUGGCGCGGCGACUUGUAACAAAUCCUGCCUAUUAUGACGCGGAGGGUACGAAGAAUGAAGCACUUUCGAGGCUUGUGGAUAGGCUGGAGGAGGUGGGAGAGGGAGGAGGCGAAGGAUCAAGACAAUAA